UCGCUUUCAUUGUCCUCAAAAGACGCUUCUCAACUGUUCAAAUCUCUGUAAAAAAAAUUUAUUUUACGCCUGCCCUUCAAAUUACGGUAUAAAAUACCUCCCGGGCUUUCAGAAGCUUUCAAUCUGAAGUUUGAACCCAAUCUGAAGCAUCUCUGAAGAUUUCAAUUUCAAGUUUUUUGGGUGUUUUUUCUGUGUCUUGUUUCAUUUCUGUGAUUUGUGCAUAGCCAUGGAGGUGGGUUCUCAUGUAAAUCAUGCUGUGGCGAAGAAGUUAUGGAAUAUGGUGAAGGCGGCAUUUAUGAUGCUUAGGAAAGAAAUUGUUCUGAAGAGGAAAAUGGUGUUGGAGAUGCAGAUGAUGAUGAAAAGGGGGAAAAUGCUUGGAAAAUCUCUGGGGAGCUUGAUAUUUCACCAUUCUCAUGGGAAGAGCCGCCAUUGCAGCACUGGUUUUGGGGUUCGGGAAUAUGAGUUUUCCUGCAGUAAUACUCCCAUUUCCUUUCACAUUGGGAAGAAAAGGCAUAAUUUUUUCCCUUCUAUUCCUUGCAUUCAACCCCAUGCUGAUGAAGGGGACUGUUAUUCAAACGCCAUUGUUGUUUCUCAGUCUGAAUUUUUCUCCAAGAACAUCAUGGAUUUCUCAGAUCUGCCUUGCGUGGACGAAUCCACACGGCCUCUUUCGCCCUUUUGUGGGGGAAAUAAUUUGAGCUGCUGUGAAGAAGAGCGUGUUGACAGAGAAGCAGAGGAAUUCAUUUCAAGAUUUUACCAGCAGAUGAGAUUGCAGCGACAAGGUUCGUUUUUGCAAUACGAUGAAAUGCUUGCCAGAGGCGCGCAAUAAAGAUGUUUUUGAAACCCUUUUUCUGUCUCAUUUUUGUUAAGUGUGUAAGACAAAUAUGUGGUGUAAAUUUUCAAAGGAUUCGGCCAUUGGCGAUGAAUCCAAAAGAUGCUUUUCUAUCCUGUAGAUUUUAGCAGAUUCCUUGUAGAGUGCAAAGUAUAUUACUUAUUCCCUGAGCUUCUGUAAAAUACUUUUGUGUCGUGAUUAUACAGAAGAAAAGCUUGUUCUCCAGAGAAAGAAGUUUUGUAGCAUGAGAUUGCUGGAUUUUGGUUUUAUGUUUUCUCCUCUUGGUCGCCCUUGUAAUGUUUUAAGGACAAAUCGUCUUGGGGCUUCCGUUUUAAUAAAUCCAGACAUUCUUUAAACA